CCGACUUGGCCUUCACGGCGGAGGACAUUCGUCAACUCUUGCACAAGACCAACCCAUUCUGCGCGUUGGGGCCGAUGAGGGAGAUCCAAGGAUCUUGCAGCAAACGUCGUCUACACUGGCAAAUCAUUUAUACCUGGUGCUUCGUCAGCCGCUUGACGAAGGCCGCCUACCCUCUGCUUGGAAGGAAGCGAUUGUCACGCCAAUCUACAAAACUGGCAGCUACAGGCCUAUAAGCCUCACUAGCGUGCCAUGCAAGGUGAUGGAACCCAUUCUGAAGCGAGCUGUCCUAGAUCACCUUACUUCUAGCGACCUGAUAUCUCCAGCUCAACACGGAUUUCUCCCAAACCGUUCUUGCGUGACAAAUAUGCCCGUGUUUAUGGACAGCUUAACCCAAGCCAAGGACCAUGUUCUUGCAAGUCCAUGUCUACUCUUUGCGGACGACUUGAAACCCUGGAUUUUCAAUGCCAGUGCCCUCCAAAUGGAUGUAGACGCUGCAAAGCAGUGGUCGUUGGACUGGCACCUUCCUCUGAAUGCUGAAAAUCACGGAAAACAGCGAAUGAUCGUUCGGCGCAAUACAUGGCCUAACCACCUCAGCUUCCGGUGCUGGAUGUAUUCUCCAAUGGAAGUCCCUUUUGCACAACCGAAAAUCCGCAUUCUAAUAGCCUCAUUACGGUUUCGCCGAGCUAUGGAUUUGACACAACGGGCCCUGCAAAUUCGUGCACUGACCUCGUUUGUCACACUAAAGUCGGUACUGAUACAACUUCCAAAAUACGUAAAAUGCUCCAAAACUUCGAGUAUCUCUCCCUGGAUUCCCACCCAGUUUUUCAGUAGCACUUUACACUUUGCAGGGGUGAAGCGCAUGCUAAACCAUGAGUCAGAAUUAUUUAGAUUACCUAAUAUUGCUUGCAUUACCAUGAGGUCCGAUCCCAGAAGAGCUAUGUCGUCUGCGUACUCGAUAUCUGUGAGCGGACGCCCCGGGAGCACUUCGACUCCACAGGCAUUAGAGGCUGAUGAUGAGUCUUCCAUGAUCGAAUCGAUGACGAAGCUGAAGAGGAAAGGUGAAAGAGGACACCACUUGAUGUGCACGCUCCAUGGCGUGAUCGGAAUCAAAUGGCUUAAUACACUGUUUGUUCCAAAGAGACAAUGUGAAAUGAGAAUUCUCAAUGUUGCCGAGAAAAAUGACGCAGCAAAAAAUAUUGCCGAAAUCCUCAGUGGAGGACGAAUUAACAGACGCGAAGGUCUUUCGAAAUUUAAUAAAAUAUACGAGUUUGCCUACAAUUUCGGUGGUGCUCAUGCAACCAUGGUCAUGACCUCAGUGUCUGGUCAUCUGCUGAACUAUGAAUUCUCUCCUGCCUUCAAAUCGUGGCAUGCAUCUGACCCCUUGGUGCUGUUCGACGCCCCCGUCAGUAAAGGUGUGAUAAAAGACGGUGAACCCAUCAAGGAGACUCUUCAGCGAGAAGUUCGCCGUUGUAACAGACUUAUUAUAUGGACAGACUGUGAUCGUGAAGGGGAGAAUAUUGGUGUGGAAAUAGUUAACGUAUGCCGCGAGGUUACUUCUUCUCCUUCGCUCGUUGUUGAAAGUUCGAACUCACCAUCUAUUUUUCUUACAGUCAAACCCAAUAUAGAAGUUUUUCGCGCCAAAUUCUCGGAAAUCACUCCUGUGGCGAUCACUCGUGCAGUCAAUCAGCUUUCCGUUCCCGAUUAUCGAGUCAGUGCCGCAGUAGAUGGCAGACAGGAAUUGGAUCUCCGAAUUGGUGCUGCCUUCACACGUUUUCAGACUCUUCGUUUGAGGCGUGUGUUUCCCCGUGCUCUGAGCAACCAACUAAUCUCUUAUGGCUCCUGUCAGUUUCCCACCUUAGGAUUUGUGGUUGAGCGAUUUCGUGAGGUGGACCGGUUCAUUCCAGAGCCAUUUUGGCGAAUAGUGGUCCCUUUCUCCAUAUAUCUGACAUUCAUCACAUGUUCGUCUUCUUACACGCCGCCUUUUAUUCCAUGCUUAUGGAUGUUACUGUUUUUGUUUGGUUAUGCCAUUGCCGAAUAUUGUAGUCGGUGCUUUAGUCAUUUGACUGUUGUGAUGAGUGAUGUCUCCACUGACAGCUGUUUUUCUCUCUUCGAAGUUACCGCCGAACACAAUGGCAAGGCUGUGGACUUUCAGUGGAAGAGGGGUCGCCUCUUCGAUCAUGAUGCUUGCAAAGCCUACUAUGAACACCUUUUGGAGAAUCGUUACGGUCAGGUGAUCGAGGUUGUGAAACGUCCGAAAUCCAAGUUCAGGCCUGUCGCUCUUGAUACCGUGGAACUCGAAAAGUUAGCAACUCGAAAGCUACGCAUUGGUGCGAAAGCAGCCAUGCAAUUGGCUGAGCGCCUGUACACUCGGGGAUUCAUUUCUUAUCCGCGCACAGAAACGAACAUUUUCCCACCCAACCUCGACUUGGCCACAUUGGUUCGACUUCAAACGCAAGACAACAGAUGGUCUGACUUCGCCAGUCGUAUUUUACAAACAGGAGUUAAUCCGCGUAAUGGAAAGUCAACUGAUAAAGCUCAUCCACCCAUUCAUCCGCUCAAGGCUGGAGCUGGUUUGCAGGGAGAUGAGGCGCGUCUGUUUGAAUUAAUAACGCGCCACUUUCUCGCCUGCGUUUCUGCGGAUGCCCAGGGUGCAGAGACGCUAGUUCGAUUGUGUGUUGGAAAACCGUCUGUACCAGAUGCCUCCAGUCGAUCUACCCUGUUGUCUUCAGAAGAUGGGGAAAUUUUCGACGCGAAAGGCUUAGUUAUUCUACAGAGCAACUACCUAGAGGUGUACAUUUACGACCGUUGGGUGGAGCGUGAUAUGCCCGAUUUUCAACUGGGCGCUUGGCUGUUGCCAACCAAUAUUGAGAUUAUUUCCGGUCAAACCAGUCCGCCGCCAUUGCUAACCGAGGCCGAUCUAAUUGCUCUUAUGGAUCGUCAUGGUAUCGGAACAGAUGCCACUCACGCCGAGCACAUUGAAACCAUAAAGCAACGCUUAUACGUGGGCCUCGAGCAAGGAAAAUUUCUGGUUCCCGGACAGUUAGGAAUGGGCUUGGUAGAAGGGUAUGACUCCAUGGGGUUUGAAAUGUCUAAACCACACUUGCGUGCUGAGCUUGAGGCAGACCUCCGACUCAUUUGUGACGGUCGAAAGACAAAAGACGAGGUGUUGCGUCGCCACUUGGAAAAGUACAAGCGCCUGUUUCAGCAAGCAGUGGCUCAAGCUUUCCGUCUGGAUCAGGCUUUAGCGGCUCGUUUGGAGCAGCCAGCAGAGAAUGUCUCAGACAUGACGGGAAGCAUAGGUGAAAUAUCUGCCAUCAGUGGUCGACAUCCAUCCAAUACUCUAACGUCUCAUGUUACCACCUGUCCAUCGUGUUCCCGGGCUGUCGUUCUGAAGCAGAAGCGUAGCCCACAGCACCCGUUGUCUGAAGUACCCAGUAACGAUUCCAACUUCUCUAGCCGACCGGACAGUGACCGUGCCAACUCUUGGUUUCUUUCUUGUACUGGUUAUCCACUUUGUCGUUAUGCUGUAUGGUUCCCGGACUCCGUAGUACAUGUGAGAGUAAUCCAUGGGGUCAGCGGACCCGAAAUGUGUCCGCAAUGUCGUUCAGCGCUCAACCCAGUUGAUGGUUCUGCUCGAGGCCCCUUCAAGUUGGGAAUUCGACUAAGUCCCAACUCACGACUUCCGAACGGAUACCACCAGGAUGACCCUAACAAGGAGUACGUGAUGUGUAUCUUCUGCGAUACUGAUGUACAAAUUGCACUCGGGAUUCGUAUCCCCCAGGUACAGACAAUGCGCCCGCAGUCACCACCUGUCAAUCCGCCUGAUUCUCAUGAGUCAAGUUCAGUCAUCGGGCCAGUUCCUUUCUCUGUCACGCACAAUCCUAGUGGAAUUCCACGUUCUUCCAUCCCUGUAUCAAUGUUACCCAUUCAAGCGAUGACACCGGCACAUCAGACUUUUAGGUUUCCGUGCUCAAGUGACUUCACUUCUCGUGGCUCAACAAGGCCUACACAGAAUACCCCUCCAAUUGAUGAAGACGCGGUUGUAUGCAACUGUGGUUAUCAGUCCGUUCUACUGACUGUAAAAAAACCCGGCCCAAAUCAAGGUCGCUUAUUUUACCGUUGCGGUGGUGGAGAAGCUGGCACCUGUGACUUUUUUCUAUGGAAAAAUCCACCUACCACAGAUAUUAGUGGACCACUAGCUACGAGCACUCAGCAUCCCGUGUCCGAUUUCCCAGGACCGGAGGGAAACUUGGUGAGUUCACGAACUCCCACGUCGGCAGCCCCCAACGGAGCGCCUUGGUCCACUUCCGGACUAGGUCCAUCAGAUCCUGGUUCCACUGUUCUAUGUCGUUGUGGUGAACCAGCAAAGCUACUUCGAGUGACGAAGGCUACGGCGAACCAAGGUCGUGAAUUUUACGCAUGUCCAAACGGCCGGUCUGGUGGGGGACCCAGUACGGGCUGCAAUUUCUUUCAAUGGGCUGAUGCUGGAGGCAGUCGGACUCAAUCCGCUGGACAUCCCCUUUCCCUAUCCAAUUCCCCCUGGUCGUCAACCACUACAGUGCGUCGACAAACAGAAUUAUCUGCUUCAGACAGUGCAGUCUCCCUUGGUCAUGUCCCAUUAUGGCCACCCCCACCAUCUGCUGGUCUGCGCGCAAGAAGUACGAGGCGAGGAGCUGGCACAACUGGACGCACAGGAUCUAUUACGAGUCGAAAAUGUGGGUUAUGUGGCGAACCAGGACAUACCCGUACCCGUUGUCCACGAGCCAAUUCUGUUGACUAGGUGUUUACACUGCCCAGUAUAUUUCCCGUGUAAAAGUUCACUGCGUUUCGUACUCCCUUGUUCAUUUUUCAACUUGUACAGUUUUUUUGAGAUUUAUACAAUCAUUUUUAAUGCCCUUUGAAGAGAC